AUGCAGCAUCGGAGGUGGGACAACCGCCGGGACGGCUUUUCUUCUUCUUCUUGUGUGCUUUCAGAUUCUCGAGCUGGAGAAGGAGCUCCCAGAACGGUGGACCAUGCAGUCAUCAGAGGAGUGGUGGCCGUCGUGGUGUUCGCCAUGCUCUGUCUACUCAUUGUCUUGGGACGCUACUUUGCGAGACACAAAGGUACCUACUUCACACAUGAAGCCAAAGGAGCAGACGAUGCAGUGGAUGCAGAUACAGCCAUCAUCAACGCAGAGGGCGGCCACACCAACUCGGACGAAAAGAAGGAGUACUACAUCUAAUCAAACAGGACCCCUCACUCUAGUGUCCUCCUUUGGACACUGAGCUGUUUUUCUGGGGAUGGGGGGCAGGAGGACGAGGUGGGGGUUGAUGGAGGGUUUAGUGAGAGUAGAGGGGUCAAGGAAUGAGGCGUGGGUUUUAAAGGAAGGCCUGGUUUUAAGCCGUUGUUUAGUCUAGUCUGCAGAUGUAGAUGGAAUGUUUUGUGUGUUUAAAAAAAAAAAAAUCCAAAUCAAAAAAGGACAAAAAAUGUUGGGGGUCCGGGGUUUUCGGUAACGGGGGUCAGGUCGGGGGUGGGAGGGUUCCAGAAAUCACUGUAGAGAGCUUCACCAUUCGACACCUCCCUAACUGCUGGUACGAAUUUUAUUUAGUUCAACCAUUUGCAGAAAAUUCUGUGCCUUGUUCUAAAUGUUUUGGUUCUGUCCAUACUUUGCAUUUGUGUUGAUCAUCGUUCGCAUAA